GAAUUGGCGGAGCGAGCUGCCGCUCCGCCUUGGCCGCGCCCCCCGCCGGGCGGGCAGCCGACAGCUCCGCCCUCGCCGCCGAGCCGUGUGUCCGGGCCUCGCCGUGUCGGGAUGAGCCGCGCUUCCCCAUGGAGACCAAACGGGCCGAGAUCCCCAGCAGUGUCCUGGACGACCUAUGCAGCCGAUUUAUUUUGCACAUUCCAAGUGAAGAGAGAGACAAUGCAAUCAGAGUGUGUUUUCAGAUUGAACUUGCCCAUUGGUUUUACUUGGAUUUCUACAUGCAAAACACACCAGGAUUACCUCAGUGUGGGAUAAGGGACUUUGCAAAAGCUGUCUUCAAUCACUGCCCUUUUUUACUGCCUCAAGGUGAAGAUGUGCAAAAGGUUUUAGAUGAGUGGAAGGAAUAUAAAAUGGGAGUGCCAACUUACGGUGCAAUUAUUCUCGAUGAGACACUUGAAAAUGUUCUUUUGGUUCAGGGCUAUUUAGCAAAAUCUGGUUGGGGAUUUCCUAAAGGAAAAGUAAAUAAAGAAGAGGCUCCUCAUGAUUGUGCUGCUAGAGAGGUGUUUGAGGAAACUGGAUUUGACAUAAAAGAUUAUAUCUGUAAAGAAGAAUACAUUGAGCUGCGAAUUAAUGACCAGCUAGCACGACUGUACAUCAUUCCAGGAGUUCCCAAGAACACAAAAUUCAAUCCCAAAACUAGAAGGGAAAUUCGGAACAUUGAGUGGUUUUCCAUCGAUAAAUUACCAUGCCACAGAAAUGACAUGACCCCCAAGUCCAAGCUAGGUUUGGCACCUAACAAAUUUUUUAUGGCCAUUCCUUUUAUCAGGCCAUUGAGGGAAUGGAUUUCCCGAAGGAAUGGAGGAGAUUCCUCAGAUAGUGACAGAUUUUCACCUACAGGGAGCACACCCUCUAAGCCCAACUUGGAAAAAGCUAGAUCCAGACUUCGUAGUAGUCAACAGCUGUUCACUGAUGGCUGUACAGGAGAGCAGUGGAUGAAGCAAAAGCAGCAACAAAAGCCAUGUAAUCAUCCUGAGAUGUCUGAAGUGUUAAAAACAAAGAGUCAGAGCUUGAAGGGCAAUGGCAGAAAGCAGAAUCAAGACACUCCUGCCCAAAAGAAGAGAAAUGGAGUCCACAGUCAACCAGCUAAGCAAAACCAUGCUUUGAAAUGUGAAAAAAAGCUUAAUCCAAGAAAACUUCAAGAUAAUUUUGAAACAGCAGAUGCAGUGUAUGAGAUCUGCUGUUCUGGUGAAGAUCUGCUGCAGGAGCAUGUAGAGGGGCACUCUGUGGCAUGCAAUGGCAAUUACAAAUUUGCUUUCUCAUCUAGAGCUUUCUUGAGUUUCAAAUUUGACCACAAUGCCAUAAUGAAAUGUUUUGACCUCUGACAGCAAAUCUUUUACGAACAAAGUUCAGACUUGCCUGUUGCAAUUGAGGGGGUUUCUUAUCUAGCCUUACUCUUUCUCAGGAGUUUUUUAAUUACUGUUGUUGAAUUUUUGUUGUUGUUCAUUUGUUUUUAAAUGCAGUGCAGGGACUGACUGGUGGUUUGGAAGGGUUUGUUCUCUUUGCAGUUCCAGAGUGGCAUAGUCAAGUGUUGCACUUUAAAUGCAGUAUAGCCUUUGUCCACAAAAGUACCUUUCCAACCCUCAGUUUACUUGUUCCUAGCCAUGCAUUAAAGGGCAUUCUUUUUCCUCAUUUUUUUGUGUUUUUUUUCAGAUUGACAUUGACUUUUUUUUUGUACUGCUGGAGUACACCAGCUAGUUAGACUUCUAACUGCUCUGAUGUAAAUUAUUGGACUUGUUAGUCAUUAUUUUAUAGUGCAUUGCAAUAUUAUGGCAGCGGCAAUGAAACUGGUUCUCAGAGGAUUCCUCUGUCCUGGUAAUUUUUAAACCGGAAGUUGCACAUUUCAAACCUUGCCUCAGCCUAUUAUCCUUUCUUUUUCCUGAUUGUUUGCCCGCUGUAUCUUCCCUCCUUCACACUGAAAAUGAACUUCUGAUGGCUGGCAAUCAGUAGUACAUGGGUCAACUUAUAGCAAUUUGACUUCUCAGGUACCUACUCUGCCACUGUUUCUGGCAAGGAUAUGCAGACUAGGUAGAACUUAGCCUUGAGAGUGUCUAACUUCACCUCUUACCCAGAUGGGAACAGCACAUAAAAAGAAAAUUUUCAAAAAAGAAAAUCUCAAACUAGCUUGUGGGAGGUUUCUUAUGUAGAAUUUAUACUGAAUGUAAAUAAGCCUCUACAUCUUGCCAGGAGGAAAGAAGGUGCAUGGAUAAUAGAAUCAUUGUGUGACACUAAAUGACUUAAUCAGGCUUGCAAUAACUAUUCUAAGGAUGUCCAGUAUAGUAUUCCGUGCUGUUGUCGUCAGUUCUUCCCUUUAGUUUAUGCUCUGUAUAUGUAUAUAUAUACAUAUAUGUAGUAGUACUGAAUUGCACUUGCAGUUAGCAUUUUAAUGAUGUAGCCUCAGUCAUUUUCAGCUACAACUUUUUCUUAGUAAUAAUAUCAAAUGUACAAAGAAAAAAAAGCAGUAAUAGUUGAGGUGAUGAACUGUUAAGUGUUUAAUCACUCUAUUCAUGUUAGUGAUUUGAACACAAGGUUUGCAGUUCAGAGAAACGCACUGAACUUAUUUGAUACAGCAGCUUGUGUUAUCAGGAAUAUUGUCCCAGAUUUAAAAAUGGACUUCCAUCUAAAAUUAACUUGUGUGAUUAGUAACUUCCACGCUGAAUGAACUAGGCCCUCUUCUCUCAUUCAGAGUGUAUGGUCAUGCACUGCGUCUUUAUGCAACUCGUAUGGCAUCCAAAAACACAAUCCUUGUCUUCCUUUAACUACCCUGCUUCCUUUAUUACCUAGUGUUUUUCCUCAGAAAUAGCUUUAGAAUUUGGCUUGUUUAAUCUUCCUAAGGCCAGGUGAUUUGGGACUCCAGUGCUCUAACACUUCUGGCAACAAAAAUUGUGGAUUUUUCUAUAGGUUAACAGGAGAAACAGACUACAGCAUUUCUUCCUUCUGGAGAACAAGAGUCCUGAGGACCUUGUUUUUCAAGACCAAAUCAUGAAAUAACUCAAUCUAGCUUUGUCUCACCUUGUUUAAAAAUAAAUAAAUAAAUGCAAAGAUUGUUCAAAACAUUAAGUUGAAAAGUACAGUAAGUGAAAAGGUGGGAUAACGCUGGAGAUUACUCAGCUUCAGGUAAAAGUAAUCCUUAGUUAUGUUUCUAAUGCAAGUAGUUGAUUUCCCAGCAAAAGUGCCUUUACUCAUGGUGAGGCAGAAGUGUAUAUUCAUAUCUGGAGGCUGCUGCUGCCUGUGGAGUUAGCAAAACUCUCCUAGGGCAUGAUUCAGUAUCAGGCUGUGGAAAUCUGUAAAAUGUAGGUUGAUAUUUUUAAAAAGUUAUAUUUCAUGUAGUGCUCUGUGAAAUAAGGGGAAUGUUGAUGAAACCAUAAAUUUGGAACUUCUGUCACAGACAGAGGAAGUCUUUAAAAUGAAGCGUGUCCUAUGAGUAGGAGUUGCUGGGUGCUUUCUCUUCACUGGAUCAUUUUUUUUGUUCCUAGUGAAAGCCUGGCUCAGUGUAAGAGAGGCUGAUUGCUUCAUUAAGCAGCCCAAAGUGGGGCUUACACACAUUAAUGAUUUUAGUAAAUCUAGCCUUAAUGUGAGUUGCAAAUAAAUGUGAUAAAUAUGCAAUAACUUUUA